UACCAGAACAAUUUUUAGCCUCAUGAGAGCUCGAAAAAAAGCUUCUUAAGAUUUGAACUACCAACAGCUUAAAAGAUCUAUACGUUCAACAUCCUUCUUUUUUCAGUCUAACCAGAAUUAUGAGUUGUUUGACAACAACAUAUCUGUUAGACGGGGUUCGGCCUAGGUAGACCAUGACAAGCUUGCUCCUGGGCAGGCCCCUAGGAAUACCACGAUUUGCGCCUUAUCUCCUUACUCUUCGACGAUGUGUGAGCGACGGAAGCCCGUACCGAGGAAAUCUAGGCAGAGAGGGCAUUCUGUCCCUGGGGCUUGGUUCGGGUGACCAUAUCCGCUUGGUAUCCAAACAAUACCAGAUUUCGCUCCCGAACCAAAACGUAUUCAGCUUUAUACCGAUAAGCCGACUGAAGAUGAAUGAUAAUUCAUGCAAGUUCAGUAUAAUGAUUUCUCACAUUCACGUUUUCGACGAAGCUUCGAUCAAGUACCUCGACAGCUAUGAGCACCCAUUUGCGAAAUCGGUCCUCGACAUGUACAUCAAAAAGAAGAAGAUCCCUCUAUGGCAUAAGGUGUUUGCUCAUCCCGUGGCCAGACCCUUUCCGUGUAAAGUUGCGGUAAAGAGGAUCCGGCACGCACUCUUCGACGCAUUGGCAUACUAUGGAUAUGAUCGAGAGGGUAGGAAAAUCACGAAAGAUGAGUCAAGUGUAAUCACAAACUUGUAUGGGACCGUGAAGAUAGCUUGCGGGGAUCCGAAGGCUGUUUGCAAUAUCAAGUUCGCGGAUCUUUUGGAGCAGAUGAAACAGGUAGUGGCCGGGUUUGAACCGAUUCUUGCGAAAGACAAGAAUGGUGAAUUCAUCACAGCUCCCCGACCAAGGGUCAACAAAAUACAACCCAAGCAAACUGGAAGCCAGGCAAUAAGUCGAAUAGGCGAUAGUAAGAGGACGGACAUGCGAUCUAACACACGGCCAGCACGACGUAUGUAGCCCGGUACUUACAAUACAAUACAAUCAUAUCGAAC